AGAGCCGCGCUACUCUAUCCCAAUUACGGUCAAGAUAUUACAGCCAUCUUAACAUCUACUUAUCCAGGCAUGUAGGGACUCCCCACAUGACACCAACCACCUCUUCGCAUGUCAGCUCAAACUAACUCAGCUAACACCUUCGGAACAGCUCGUUUCUUGGGCCUAUCGUUAGUUGAGCCUGACGACAACGCUUGAUAGACAAACCGACCUAGGCGGGGCUUAGUAGUGCCGCCACAACACCUGUUUCUGGAAAAAGGAGUCCGCAUCGCUUGACACCCCACUGGGGUUCGUACACCCUAUUUCCCCUAACAGUAGCAUGAUGUAUAGACGGACUGUUAGUUCCGUCUACAACUUAUUUCGUUAGGUUGAGAUGAAAAGCUUGUGGUUCCGCCGGAAGUUUCCGAUUCCUGAACAUAAGUGGCAUCCAUCAUGCCCUAAUACAAAUAUGCAAAUCUCGUGCACGACCAUUAAUUUCCAGCAUGCAAAAUUUUAUUGCAUGCGUUCUCAAGCACCUACGUCUGGCAACUCUCAAUACUAAGCAACGAACAGCUGAUUUCUGUUUAUGUUCGAAAAUCAACAAACAAGCGUGAUUUUUACAUACAGAAAUGGUGCGAAUUAAAAAUCGUUACAUUGUAGUGCGAAUAGUACCCGAGGUACCUGCAAAAGUAUUAAAUUUUCAUGAUGCCGUGAUUGCCAAAUGUAUCCUAAACCAUGUGAAGAAAUUCUACGGCGAUUAUGGACUAGGCACUGUUGAGCAAGGAUUUCGCGUGAAAUAUUGCAAUGAACGGACAAAAGUGACUAUAAUUAGAUGCUUACAUCGAUCACAUCGCGUUGUAACGAGCACUUUACCGUUAAUAACAAUGAUAGGUGACGUUCGGGCGAAAUUUCAUACUCUUUACACUGGCGCAACUAUAAUUCAGUGUAACAAAUUCAUAAUCAAUCAUCAGCAGCGAUUUUUGGACGAAAUGGUUGGGCAAAUUGCAUCUGCGAAGGAGCGCAAGGAGUUCAUUAAACGUGUUAUGGAGUUCGAUUUAGAACAAUAAUUUUUAUCCUUCUCUGCCAAACAAUAAAUAGAUCAAGUUCAAAAGUGUAAUUAAUUUAAAAAUUCGCUUUACGUGUAUUUCAAUAAAUUUUGGUUCGCACUUAAAUUGUGACUGCAAAA